AUGGACGCCUCUUCAGGACAUAAGCAAACCAUAACUAGGGAGUACCUUCCUGGGACCUUUGGCUGGGCGCAGUACGGAAGUCAGUACGUACCAUAUAUAUAUCGCCAAUCGGAAAAAUACGUAGCCAUACGAAUGUUAUAUUCGCAUACGACGUUUGUAAGAUCCCGGAAUUUCAUGCAUCCGGAUAUCUUCUCCGCUUGCGACCAUAUGGCCAGAUUACCUAUCACCGAUUUCGAAGUGGAUCUCUUGAACGAAAUCAAUCGCGACCACUGCAAUGGGAAAUUUGGCAGCAGCUUCUUCGACCUAAGUGAUACCGUAAUCCCUAUAAGUGACGCCUAUGAGUUCUAUCAAUUCAUUGGCUUUUGCUUCAACAAAUUAACUCGCGGAAGCAAAUUUUACUCGCGGAGGUGCAGUUUUAUCAGCAUAAACAAGCAAUGCUUUGUGCCCUACAUUGUGCGAAAUGACCAAAAGCUUGUCCCGGACUUCUUUUUCGCUGGUGACACUGAUAUCCUCAGGACCCAUGAGGAGCCGAUCACUGGAUGGGAUCUGUCUUACCUGAUGUUUUGCUGCAGUCUGCUGGGCAUACGAAGGGAGUUCUAUUCCUGCAGUUAUUUGAAUGCCAUUUUACUUGACGACGUUGAGAGCGCUUAUCCCAACGGCACGGAAUUUGAGGAGUGCUGGGCAAAGGACGUAAAAACCGCGGACUUAUACUCUGACUUUCCGCUUUACUUUCUGAAAAAAUAA